CAAUAACUCGGCCGAGUCCUCCAAUUAAUUCACCGGGUUUGAACUACCGACGCGUUGCCAUAAGCGUGCGUUCUAAGUUAGUUUUGACUACAAAACGAUUAUCCAUACGGACCAUACUCUUCUUCGCUCUGAUUCUCCUUCGAUAAUCUUCGAUCGCUUCAGGGUUUGGAGACGGCGUGCUUUUAGGGAAAUUGAUCGUUGAGAGGGAGAGAUGUUUGCAGCUUCUUGCCUGGCGUCAUGCUGCGCGGCGUGCGCGUGCGACGCGUGCCGGACGGUGGUGUCGGGGAUCAGCCGGCGUUCGGCUCGGAUUGCGUACUGCGGUCUCUUUGCGCUUUCCCUGAUCGUGUCGUGGAUUCUGAGAGAGGUUGCUGCACCUCUGAUGGAGAAGAUUCCCUGGAUUAAUCAUUUCGCACAAACACCGGAUAGGGAGUGGUUUCAAACAGAUGCAGUGCUGCGAGUUAGCUUGGGGAACUUCCUGUUUUUUACUAUACUAGCUCUUAUGAUGGUUGGCGUGAAAAAUCAGAAGGAUCCACGCGAUGGUUUGCACCAUGGUGGAUGGAUGAUGAAAAUAGUUUGCUGGUGCCUUUUAGUAAUCUUCAUGUUUUUCCUUCCCAAUGAGAUUGUGAGCUUCUAUGAGACAAUAGCAAAGUUCGGAGCAGGAUUCUUUCUCCUUGUUCAAGUCGUCCUAUUGUUGGAUUUUGUUCAUGGAUGGAAUGACAAAUGGGUUAGAUAUGAUGAACAGUUCUGGUACUUUGCUCUGCUUGUCGUUUCACUUGUGUGUUAUAUAGCAACUUUUGGCUUAUCUGGAGUUCUCUUCUACUUUUUCACGUCAUCUGAUCAUGACUGCGGGCUCAACACCUUCUUCAUCGUUAUGAAUCUGAUAUUCGUUGUAGUUUUUGCCAUCGUCACAUUGCACCCUGCAGUAAGUGGCAGCAUUUUGCCAGCUUCAGUUAUAUCUUUGUACUGCAUGUACCUUUGCUACUCUGGACUUUCCAGUGAACCUAGGGACUACGAGUGCAAUGGACUUCACAAACAUUCUAAAGCCGUUUCCACUGGGACACUUACAGUCGGACUGCUUACAACAGUUCUCUCAGUUGUCUACUCUGCUGUCCGCGCCGGUUCUUCUACCACCCUUCUUUCACCACCGGGUUCACCUCGUGCUGGUUCUGGGAAGCCUCUACUUCCAUUGGACAAGGUGGACGAGCACGAAGAGAAAGAAAAGGCUAAUAGGCCUGUGACGUACUCGUAUGCAUUCUUCCAUAUCAUCUUCUCCCUUGCUAGCAUGUACUCUGCAAUGCUUCUUACAGGGUGGUCAACCUCAGUGGGGGAGAGUGGCAAGUUGGUCGACGUGGGGUGGGCCUCUGUCUGGGUCCGAAUUAUUACUGGAUGGGCAACCGCAGGAUUAUUCAUCUGGUCCCUGGUUGCUCCUCUGCUUUUCCCAGAAAGGGAGUUCUAAAUAUUGGAUCUCGCCAUUUUAGACCCUUCUCUGUAUGUCAAUUUGGAUUGAAUACGGUUUGUAUAUCUGUGCAUGAUUUUCUGAAUCAUUACCGCUGGGUAAGGUUUGGAAUGCGUGUAAAGAGAAGUGGAUCUUGGUAUGUUUCAUGUGGGAUGAACUUUGUGUUCGUGAGUGGUUCUCAAGACACAGCUAUUUGGUUAAAAAAUAAAGGGUUCUAGUUUGCUUCA